AUGGAGGUAGAAAAACACCAAAGGCAUGACAGCCACGAGGACAAAGAUGCUCAAACUGUUGCUUUUAUCCACGUUUCUGGGGACAUCACGCUGUCAGUGUUUACAGUGACAUCAAAGAGUAUGACUGUGCAGUGGAGCGGCCACACUGGUGCCAGCUCCUACAAGAUCACAGCAAUCCCCAAGAACUCUCCCGAGCAACCGGUCUUCGCUCAGUUUAGUGGCAACACAGUGAUGGGCUCCGUUAACUCUCUGUCACCAAACACAGUGUACACCAUGCAGUUAGAGGCCAUGGACAAUGCUCUCAAUGUCCUCAGCAGUGCAGAGACUGUGGAGACAACAGCACCUGAUGUGCCCCGCAUUGAGCAGGCCUACUCCAAAAACAGCGACAGCGUCACGGUUGAGUUUGCUGAGGUUUCCGGGGCAACCAGCUACAUUCUCAGGGCAGAGUCAAAGACAGGAGAUUUCUUCUAUGAGACCAAUGUGACCAGAUCCCCUGGCACCGUGGAGCAGCUCCAGCCUUACACAGACUACCUUCUGAGCGUCAUGUCUGUCAACUCAGGGGGGAGAAGCCAACCCUCGUACCCCACUCAGGCCAGGACAGUUGUAAUGGCACCCCAGUUGAACACAUCCUCUACCAGGAACGACACCAUCCAGGUGAACUGGGCCCCAGUGAAGCAUGCCAUCCUCUACACUCUGUGCAUCAUCCAAGAAGGCUCCAGCACUCGCCUCAAGCUGAACACCACUAACACAUCGGUAACUUUUGACACUCUCCAAGCAGGAACUACAUACUGCAUCAAAGGCACAGCCUGGGACUCUGAGGGUCGAACUGGUGACGACCUCACCGUUUGUCAAAUCACACGUCCUCCAAGCCCAGAUGUGACCCAAGUCCAGGUGACUCAGGGUCGCUCUCUUGGGAUUGCCGUCUACUGGGUUUCAGUGCAGGGGGCUCAGAACUACAUGGUGUGGACUUCUAAUGGACAAAACUGUUCCACAAGAAAUAGUUAUUGUUACAUCACACCUGCAGAUUGUGGCCAGAACCACUCUUUGUCUGUCACAGCCUACAACCAGGCUGGACCCAGCAGCCCCUCAAAACCAGCUGAAUACAUCACAUACCCAUGUCCACCUGAGAACAUCUGGGUGGAGGAACCCACAGCAAGCAACUGCUCAGUGUUGUGGGAAGAAGUGCCACUGGUGGAGUACUACGUAGCUUUCAUCAAGAGGGAUGACGGAACCGAGACGUCGUGCAACACCACUAAAGCCACCUGCACAUUUUUCUGCAUGUGUGGCUAUACCUACCUGACAAGUGUAUUCCCCUACAACCAGGCUGGCACCAGCCUUUACGCACACAUCCGUAACUACACCACCAUUCCUUGUUGUCCACAGGAUGUUACAGCACAGCUGGUUUCCACUGAGACCCUAGAGGUCAUGUGGUCCCCGGUCAAAGGAGCUGAGCUGUAUGAGACCACAGCGGCACAGACUAAUGAUGUCAUCCACUGUAAUGAUACAUCACCAGUGUGUGCUCUCUCAGAUCUGAGAUGCAACACAGCUUAUUCUAUCACGGUGACACCUUGCAGCGAGUUACGAGGAUGUAAUCGCACAUGCACACCUCACAAACAUGAGACAGCUCCCUGUGCUCCAGAGAUCCUGAACCUGACGCAGACCAGCAGCUCCACAUACAAUGUCUUUAUCACCACACCCAACUCCCUCAGUACUAACUACACCAUCACUGCCACUGGACGCAACAGCAAACAGACUUGCAAUACAAGAAAUAACUCCUGUGAGCUCACACAGCUACCCUGCGGCUCAAUCUAUGAUGUUGAGGCAGUGGCCACCACAACAGUGGGGAAAAGUCUUCCUGGAUUCAGCAAAUCCUUGGAAACAGGUCCUUGCUGUCCAACAUAUGUGAACGUAACCCAAGUCACCCAGGCCAUGACCAAUGUAACAUGGUCACCUGGCAGUGGAGCUCGCUCCUAUGUUGCCGCUUUAACAUCCCCACGUGGACAUGCCAAAUGCCACACUCUGGAUGCCCACUGCCUGAUGGGAUGUAUCACAUGUGGCACCAACUACAGCGUCCACUUGGAAGCCAUCAGUAGCACAGGACACAAGUCAGAGUGCAAAUAUCAUGGAUUUUCAUCCAGUGCCUGCUGUCCCACGGGUGUCAAGCUCUAUCGCCGGACCAACAACUCACUCAGGGUGUACUGGCGUUCAUCGGGCCCUCAGGAUCAUAAUCACACAGUAGAGCUAUAUGGGACAGGAGCCAACUACACUUGUAUUGCAGCUGCAGGCAGCAUGUACUGUGAUAUUCAGGAGGAAACAUGUGGAGAUGUUUACACAGUUGUGGCGGCACCAGUGGGACAGUAUGGGAUCAAAGUCACCUUCUGCCAGCCUAGGACAUACUCAGUUCCUUGCCCAGGAAGUAAUGCUGGUAUGGUAAUCUCUCGUGGAAGACGAAGUGUGAAGUAAAUUCGGGAACACUAUCCACCACCAACACAGCAACAAGGACAGAUAACUGUGAUCGCGAGUUGAAACUAUAAAACUUUAAUGUACACACACACAUAUAGAGACAUAAAUUUGUUCAUGGAUGUCUCUAAAUAUAAUAAAACCAAAGCAAUAUAAUACACUGUCAAAUGAGAGCUUUGGAGAAAAUAAGUGCAUUUAUUCAGUGUAUUUAAAAGAUAUUUUCCAUUUUGCUGCCUUAGAAAAAAAAUGCAUUUUUGUUGUAAAAUGUACUCUUUCCACAUGUCAUUCCAAUGAAACUUGAUGUAACCUCUUCAUUCCCUUUAUUCUGGCUCGUGGAUUAAAAAUCAUCAAGGCAGUAAUCACUAAAAAGUAAACUAAUAUUUUAGGACCUCUCCAAGUAGAAGACUUCCAUAUGGCUGCUUGUUGUUGCCCUACAAUAAAAAACAGGUAUUAACUUCCUCUGCCUGGAGACAUGCAUAGCAAGUCCUGUGGAUGACACAUCUGAUCAUAUUGCUGAAGACAGAUUCACUGUUAACUUCGAUAUCAAUGGAUAUGUUUUCUCUUACUUGGCAGAUGAGAACA